AUGAUUUCAUCUAUUCAAGCAGCUUUGCAUAUAAUGGAGUCUAAAUGAGGUCGGGAUAUAUCUAGUGAGCAUUGACAGAGCCAAGAAUGGAGAGUUUCCAGCAGAGUAUCCUCGGGCCUCUUUCAGAUUAGGAAACUGAGACACAGAAAGGUGAAGUCAACUAUCCAUUAUCACAAUUUGUGGCAUAGCCAAAAUUAGAACCCAGCAAGAGUGAAUGCAAAACCCACAUCCUUAAGCACAACUCCUGUGGGAGAACACUUGACUGGUCCUCAACACCAGCUGAGACCAUGUGGACCGCAAAUGAGAUUGCUCAACUGUGCUACGAACACUAUGGGAUCAGGCUGCCUAAACAGGGGAAACCAGAGCCAAACCGUGAGUGGACGUUAUUGGCAGCUGUGGUAAAGAUACACUCUCCAGCUGUCCAGGCCUGUGACACUCCUGAUAAGCUAGUGCAAGUGACAAAGGAAGUUGUCUCUAUGGGAACUGGAACAAAAUGCAUAGGCCAGUCCAAAAUGAGGAAGAGCGGAGACGUCCUUAAUGAUAGCCAUGCUGAAGUCAUAGCCAAGAGAAGUUUCCAAAGGUACCUUCUCCAUCAGCUACAAUUGGCAGCCACCCUGAAAGAGGAUAGUAUCUUUGUCCCAGGAACACAAAGAGGAAUGUGGAAACUCAGACCAGACCUCCUCUUUGUGUUUUUCUCCAGCCAUACACCCUAGACAGAGUUUCACUUUAUUGCCCUCGGUAGAGUGCCAUGGCGUCACACAGCUCACAGCAACCUCCAAGUCCUGGGUUUAGGCGAUUCUCCUGCCUCAGCCCCCCGAGUAGCUGGGACUACAGGCGCCCGCCACAAUGCCCGGCUAUUUUUUUGUUGCAGUUUGGCUGGGGCUGGGUUUGAACCCGCCACCCUCGGUAUAUGGGCCUGGCGCCCUGCUCACUGAGCCACAGGCGCCGCCCCGGUAAUUUGGAUUUUUGAAGAUUUUACUUUAUGGAAUAAAAAGUUGGCAACCCUCUGUUCAUCUUGAAAUUUUGGUGAUCUUGUAAAACAUGACAUGUCCUGUGGUUUGUCUGCAGAAAGAAAGAACACUACCUAAAGAACGUGACUCCCUGGUCCCCUUGGCUUUUACUUCUCAUUAUUAAUAACUUGAUGCCUGGGUUAGCUACUUCAUACUCUUACUUGUGAGUUAUUAGCAUGAGUCAGCCUCUCAAGUUUGGGCAUUCUGUCAAGAUCAUAUUUCCAAGCUGGCAGAAUGGAAGGUGGAUCCUGGUGAAUUCUCUUUAAGUCACUGUCACCUUUGUCUCCAAAGUCAAGGUCUCUGAAAGUCAGCCAGCCAGCCUCUCUGGCAUCAUUCCCACUUCUGCAUCUGUUCCCUUUCCCUAGGUUAUAAGGAUUACAGAUGUAUUAUUUACACACUUCAGAAAAGCAACAUACAUUAGGUUAGUGGUUGAAGAACUAGCUCUCAAGGGAGAACUGUGCUUUUUAGUGACCUCUGGUUUUUUUUGGUUUCUUAUAAACACAGAAAUAGAUCAGAAAUCUGUAAACUAGCACAGGGAAACACUGGUUUAGACCUGGUGUGUAAUUUACUGCAGAGUCUUAUGCAUCAUAAAAUCUUCAAGAUGGGGAUAUUUUAAGCAAUGUUUGACAAAUUUAUUUAACUAUGAAAUAAACCACCUGUCUUUGUUUCCCAAGGCUUCUUAUGGAAAACCAUUCCACAAAAUGCACUUGAUAAUUCUUGUUUAUGCUAAAACAGUGAUUCUCAACUAGGGACAGUUCUACACCCCUGGGGAGUGAAAUGUCUCCAAAUGUUGUCAAAUUUUACUCCCCUGGGAAGUAAACAACAUUUGGAAACAUUUUAAUUGUCAGAGUAGGAGGUGCUAUUGGCAUCUAGUAGGUAGAGACCAGGGUUGCUGCUAAAUGUCCUACACAUAUGGUCCCCCGCAGCAAAGAAUUAUCUGGUCUAAAAUGUCAGUGCAGUGGUCGAGAAACCCUCAUCUAAACCAGUAUUUCCAAAACUUGCUAGUGAUAAGAAUUACCUGGCAUCUUUGUUAAAAUAUUUAGUUUUCUAGACCCUUCUCCAUUAAUACCAGCUCACUGGGUCUGGGAAGGAGUCUUCAACAAGAGCUUCAGAGGAUUCUUAUUAGGGAUAUUUGGACCUGUGAUCUUAACUCAUCUACAGUCAGUUUGAUCUUUGUUUAAGGCAGUAGUUCUCAAACUUGAGCUUACAUCACAAUCACCUGGAGAGCUUCUUAAAACACACACUGCUGGCUCUACCUCCAGAGUCUCUGAUGCAGCAGGUCUACCGUGGGUCCCAAGAGUUUGCAUUUCUAAGGAGUUCCCAAGAGAUGCCACUGUGGCUGGCCCAGAAACCGCACUUUGAGAGCCACUUGUUUAAGGGGUCCCUUCUCCUGCAGGUGGGGAUGCCUCCAUCAUUCCAAUGCUUGAGUUUGAAGAUCAGCCUUGCUGUAUUGUCAGCAGAGAUUGGGCCAUCAACCCAUCAGUAGAAGCCAGUGGUAACUUGGAAACUCCUGAAAAUAACAAGAAUUACGAAGACCCUGACAGUCCUAUAACCAAAAAGAUGAGGCUUGAGCUUGGAACUCCUACCAGGGAGGUUGCCAACGGUGCAGCUCACCAUCAGAGUUUUGACAAGCAGGAAAGUGGUCAAAUCCUACCAGGUGUUAGCAGCUUGAACCUCACUGUAGAGGGACUGGCCUCUCUCACCACAAUAGCCAUCAAUGGUGCCAAAGCAGUGGACGUUCACAGAACUGGAGCCAAGUGUGUGCCUGGAGAAGCUGGAGACUCAGGGAAGCCUGGUGCUGCAUAUCACCAGGUGGGGCUGCUCCGAUUGAAGCCAGGUCGGGGAGACAGGACUCACUCCAUGUCCUGCAGUGACAAGCUAGCCCGAUGGAAUGUCCUUGGAUGCCAAGGGGCACUGUUGAUGCACUUCCUGGAAGAGCCCAUCUAUCUGACAGCUGUAGUCAUUGGGAAGUGUCCAUACAGCCAGGAAGCCAUGCAGAGAGCACUGAUGGAGAGGUGUCAGAAUGUAUCAACUUUACCCAAAGGCUUUGGAGUUCAAGAACUAAAAAUACAGCAGUCAGAUUUACCAUUUGAACACAGCCGUUGCGCAGUGCAGGCAAAAAGGGCUGACAGCUCAGGCCGACUUGUUCCUUGUGGGGCAGCCAUCAGCUGGAGUGCAGUCCCUGAGCAGCCACUAGAUGUUACUGCUAAUGGCUUUCCCCAGGGGACAACAAAGAAAGGAAUUGGAAGCCUUCAGGCAAGAUCCCGAAUCAGCAAAGUGGAACUCUUUAGAUCUUUCCAGAAGCUGCUAAGAAGUAUUGCAGAGGACAAGUGGCCAGACUCCCUCAGGGUGCAGAAGCUGACUACCUACUGGGAAUACAAGGAAGCUGCCUCUGCUUACCAGGAAGCGUGGAGCGCUCUCCGCAAGCAGGCGUUUGCAUCGUGGAUCAGAAACCCACCAGAUUAUCACCAGUUUAAGUGAAAAGGAAAAGUUUUCAAAUUGUUUGCUGGUAGCAGCCCUGAGAAAUGGUUGGAUACUGAAGGGGAAGAGCUCACAAUGGAAACAGUGAUGACUGUUUGCUCAGGCGGCCAAGAGAAUGAAAAGCACAUUGAAACCCAGCAGUGUUUCCCUGGGAGAGGAGAGGCGAAACCAACCUGACAACAGAGCAGGAUCACAGAGCCCAUUCCCAAGCAUCUUCAGUUCAACGACAGAUGUUUCAGAGAAAGCACCUUCAUUUUCCAAAAAGAAGAGUUUUUAUACCCCAUAUGGAGGAAUCAUUUUUGGCCUUCACAUCCUAGGAACAUGAAUCCUUUUACACCUAAAUGCCUAAAUGUGUCUAUACUGCAGCUAAGAUUGGCUUCCUGUAAGACUGUUUAGAUGGAUCUAAAGCAAAUCUGUCUUUUUUUUUUUUUUUUUUAAUUUAAUAGAAAGGACACUCACAGCACAAAGCAAGUCUGAAGUACUACCCUAUGGUCCAAAAGUGGGAGGGAAAUUCUGCAGUGACACUCCAGGGCUGCAGGUAAAGUCAUGUGAUUUCAAUUUUUAUUUCUUAAAAUUGGAGCCUCCCCAAAAUGAAUCAAAGGGGAUGGAAAUCAAAGCAGUGAUUGUCCCUGGUGGGGGAUUUUGGGGGAUCAUGGGUGAAUGGAAAGAAGCACAAAAGGACUCUAAUGAUGGAAACAUUUGUGUUUUGAUUGGAGUGCUAGUUACACGGCUGUAAACAUUUUUCAAAAUUUAUUAAGUUCUACACUUAAGAUCUGUGUGCUUUACUGUAUAUAUACCUCAAUUUAAAAAUGUAAAAGAAAUAACUGUAGUCCUUAUUAAUUACUUGAUGUACUAGAAUAAACUUGGGUCUGUAUAUUCAAGUAGUUGUAUUCUAGUACCAACUCUGCCAAUAACUUCCUGUAAGGGUAUAGAGAAGGUAUUUAGUCUCUGAUUUACAGCGAUUUACAUAUCAUCUACAAAUGAGGUCCCGGCAAUUAGGACACUCAAUCUUUUCAACUGUGAGGUAGGAUUUCUUGUAAAAAUUCUUAAUUGGGUGGAUAAUACAAUGACACAUUUUCUCUGUGCCCAUUGAUGCUGAGAGACAUAGCCAACAUAUAGCCUCAGUCAGGGUGGUGACAAGGGAGGAAAAGAAAUAAUUUUUUUUUUUGAAGUUUUUGGCCGGGGCUGGGUUUGAACCAGCCACCUCUGGCAUAUGGGGCCGGCGCCCUACUCCUUUGAGCCACAGGCGCCUCCCGAAAAGAAAUAAUUUUUGUCUUAAUCUAGAAACCUGGGCUCUGCAGUUGAGUGUGGAUUUUUUGCUCCUUAUCCCUGAGAGCCAGCAGGGCUCGGAACCAGCUUUUGGAACUAAGUCUGGCUGGGUACUGCUUUUCCAUGUCCAGAUGUAGGCAGGUGUCUCUGUGGGAGGAAAGUCACUCCACGUGGGGACGCAGGCUGCCAACUGUUGGUCUUGACAGCCCCCUGAACUUGGGCUCAGCUCCCAAAGGGGAAUAGCUCACGAUGGAAACAGCAAUGGCCAUUUGCUCAGGCAGCCAAGAGAAUGAAAAGUACCAGCAGUGUCUCCAUGGGAGAGGUGUGGUGGGCAACUUGGAGAAACCAACUUAAUGGAACAGGAUCACAGAACCCAUUCCCAGCAUUUUUUUCAGUUGCAUAAGAAGAGCGUUAUGUGCAAACUCUCAGGAAAUCUCUAGGAAAUGGUGCUGUGGACAAUCCAACUUUUACCCAACAACAGAAAUACACUCAAUCUAGUUCACCCAUUUGCUUUGAAUUAAAUUUUGUUAAUUUAUCUGUCUCUGUUAGAAUUUGACGAAAAGAACAAAAAAAUUUUUUUAAAUGAGAAAGGUCUCAGGUCAGGAUAGUUAAAAAAUAAUAAAAUAAAAAUUUUUGAAAAUAAUAGUAAAAGUACAAAAGGAUUUUGUUAAUUUAGAGAAAGAGCUCUUUGUAAGUUUCAGGAUUCUGCUCCUCCCUCAAAUAUUUAUGUAUAUAUCCUCCCCACCCAAAGUUUUAUCCACUUCCUUUUUUUAUUGCUGCCCCUUAUGAACUGUUUGGACAGUGGAUGCCUUUUCAGCUGGUAUUCUCAUGCUGCACUUUUGCUCCUCAGCUUAUCCGGGGCCACUGUAAAUGGCCUCUCCUAGCACGCCAGUAACUGCUGAGCUUUGAGACCAGCUGGCGGUGGAGAAGGCAGCAUUGGGCACUGGCGUGGCAGUGCAGGCUAAACCAGCCCCAGUGACAGUGUUCAUGCAACCUGUGCUGAAGCAGGCAGAUGGUCCUGCCCAGCUCUGUGCCUCAUCCAUGAAAGAUGACAGCUGCUGUGGUCUGAAUGUUUUAUGUUCCCCAAAAAUUCAUAUGGUGAAAUCUUAACUCCUAAAAUGAUGGUAUUAGGAGGUGGAGUCUUUGGAAGUGAUUAGGUCUUCGAGAGGUGAUUGGCUCUUAAGGGCAGAGCCCUCAUGAAUGGCAUUAGAGUCCUUAUAAAAGAGACCCCAGAAAGAUUCCUCACCUUUUCUCCAUGUGGAGGACACAGCAAAAAGAUGGUUGUCAGUGAAUCAGGAAUCAGGCUCUCACCAGACACCAAAUUAGCAUCUGAUUUUGGACUUUCCAGUCCCCAGAACCAUGAGAAAUAAAUUUCUAUUGUUCAUUAGCUACCCAGUCUAUAAUAUUUUGUGAUAGCAGCCCAAAGACAAGGGGUCAUAUGGGCAGUAUUUUGCUUGCAUAUACUUUGGAGGAAUUCUUUUUUAAAAAUAAAUGAUGGCACAUAAACUAUGGUGCAAUGGUCACACCAAGUCUUUUCAGGAGUAGAAAACUUGAAGGCAGGUGGAGUAAACUGAAACGUAUAUACCUUGUCCAAAGAAGUCAUUUUCUCUGUUCCAGCUGAUUGUUGCUGGAUCUUGAGAAUUUUUUUCAGAAGAAAAAAAAUUGGAUUUUUACAUAUGUAUCUGUGGACCACAUUCUUAAAUGCAAGCCUUUAAUGCUUACCAUGUGGUCUAGCAGAACAAGGAUGACUUCGGUAUAUAGACCCCAGUUUGAAUUGUGCUUCAGGAUGUGCUGGUUCUGUGAUCUUGGGGAGGAAACUACAUUCUCUAAGUGCCAGUGCCUCACCUUUGAAAUGAGGGCACCACUGUGAAGUAAUGUACAACAGAGAUAGGAGGAGGGCUAUCUGUCACACAUGUAGUGACUAGCACAGGGGACUUUCCAGAGCUUUUGCUAGUAAAUAGGAGAUUGUCCUCAGCCUACAGGGAAAAUGUUUGUGGAGCCUAUUGCCUUGUACCAGGCAUUGCACAUCUGUUUGCCUACACCACUCCAUUCCAUUCCACAUCUGGAAGCAACAGCCUGUCUCCAGGGGCUGAGGCAUAGGAGCAAAGCUGUUGAUCACAGAGGUAUAAUAGACCCUCCUACCUAACUUCUAUGGCUUUGCUUCCUUGGUGUCGGCUGCCAGGAUUUUUUUUUCCUAAGAAAUAAAUAUGAAAAGGGAAAUAAGUUGUGCUUUGUAUAGAUUUCUGAAGAAUGUUUUGAGAAUAAAAACAUCUAUAUUGCCUUCUUCCACAUUCACCUUAUAAGAGAACCUCAGGCCACCUUUGUGAUUGGUAAACCCUGGUAUACAAACCUGUUCAUGCCCUCCCAGUGGUCACGGCGUUAGCCACUGGUUCCAGGCAAGACCAGUCAUAUACCUCCUGAACACUAUUCAUGUGCCAGGCAUUGUGCUCUGCACCUGAGGUACGAGGAUAGGAAUAAUCAUGUUGUCCUUAACUGACAGGGAAGAUGGGCAAGUGACUUCACGGUGGAACAGCACAGCAUGAGGACAGCUAUACUAGACAUUUGAUACCCAACUUGGAGAAGGGCACAGGGUGCUAGGAGUAGAGUGGUGAAGGGGAAGAACAAGGGGUUAGUAGACAAAAAGAAAAAAAUGAGGAUGCUUAUCUGAGAGUUUUGAGUGAGGAUAUUUGCUGUAGAGAAACCUUGUAUACAAAGGCAGAGAUGAGAGCACAGCAUGGCUGGGCUGGCAGAGCAUGAGAGAAGCUGAGGACGAGGCUGAAGAGGCCGUGGGUGAUAGCAGGAGGACUUCAUAUGCUCUGCAGAGGAGAAAGGUUAUAUCCUGAUAACUCAGCACUUCAGGGAUUUGAGAAAAGGGCUGAUGAGAUGGAAGUUACAUUUUACAAAGAUCACUUUCCUCUAGCAAGGACGACAGAUGGCAGAGGCAGGGAUGUUGUUGAGGAGACCAUAAUUGAAGGAUCACUGUAGCAAUUUGAAAAGAAAUGAUGAGGCCCAAACAAUGGGGAGAUGAGGGAACUGAUUUGAAAAAUAGGCAGAGGGGUGAGUGUGAGGGAGUAGUUGGAGAUGACUCCCAAGUUAUCAUGUGGCUGACAGGAUGUGGUGCCAGGUCUUGGGCAAGGCGGCAAAGUGGGACUUGUCUUGGAGUGGACCAGAUGUAGGCAGGGGUAUGCUGUUCCAGAGUUUGAGAGAUUUUUGUGAUACUGCAGGAUAAGGGCCUAUAGUGGGCAAUUAAAGGGACCAGUUUUGUGCUCAGGAGAGAGAGAUGGGCUGGAGAUUAAGAUUUUUAGAGUCACCAUGGGUUAGAGUGAAAUCACCUGCAGAGAAUGUGCAGUGUGGGAAGUAGAGGAGACCCUCUCCGGUGAGGAGGGAACCCUGGGGAAGUGGAGAGUUUGGGAGCAGUUUGGAAAGCACAGGAAUGAGUGUGACUGACAGGCCAGAGGAAAAUCAGGAAAAAGCCAAUUUCUCAUUAGAGGGAGUAAUCUAAAGUGUAGAAUAUGUUAAAAACAAAGCAAGGCAAAAAAGUGCUUUUAAAAAAGUAUCCACUGGGGGACAAGGUUAUUUUGGUCACCCCAGCAAAUGCAAGGGCAGGGAAGUAGAGGGGACAGAAACCAACCUCUCCUGAGCUGAGGAGGGACGAGGAAGUGAGAAAUGUUCUCUCCUUGGAGAACGACUCAGCAUUACAAUAUUGGGUCUUUUCAUCCUUGAAUAUGGUAUAUUGGUAUAUCUCUCCUCCUAUUUAGGUCUUCUUUUAUACCCUUUAAUAAUGGUUUGUCAUUUUCUUCAUGAAGGUCUUGCAUUUAUCUGUCAAAUUUACUCCUAAGCGCUUAUAGAUUUGCUCCUAUUGACAAUGAAAUCUUUUCCUAUUCCUUCCUAUAAUUAGUAUAUAAAAAUCAAUAACUGACAUAUCCAGCAACUGUCCUUACCUUUCUUAUUCUAGUUUGUAUACGUUCCUUUUGGAUUUUUCUAUUUUUCUUUUUUAUUUUAUUUAUUUAUUUAUUGUUUCUGAAAACAAGUUUUAUUUAAAUAAGGGUUUAAAUACAUUAUGGAUUUUUCUGUUUUUCAAUGCACAAAAACACAGUUUAUCUUUAAAUUCUUACACCUCUCAUUUACUUUUCCUCUCAUACUGCAUUGGUUUUACUGCCAGAAAAAUGUUGAGUGGAAGCAGUGAUAACAGUCUUUUUAACAGCUUUAUUGAGAUAUGAUUCAUAUGCCAUAAAUUCAUCCUUCAGACCUCCUUUUUGGUUUGUUUUUAAUAGGAAUGCUUCUAGAAUUUUACUAUAUUAAGUAAAUUGACAGUUUCAUUUCCCUACUGAGUCAUGCCAUCUCUGACAUGUUUUAUACACUGAUGUAUUUCUGGGUUUUGAGUUCUGUUCUAUGCAUAUUAUUUGUCUAUCCAAAUGUGAAUACCACACUGCCUUAUCAUGGUCUUAUAUGUAAAUAAUAAGCAUGUAUCUGCUGUUGUUGAUUUUUUUAAUGAAUUCCCUUUAUCACAUUAAGGAAGUGCCCUUCUGUUCUUAACUUGCCAAGAGGUUUUUAUUUUUUAUUUUUUGUUUUGUUUUGUUUUGUUUGAGGUUUUUAUUUAUUUUUUAUUUUUUGGAGAUAGAGUCUUACUGUGUUGCCCUGGGCUAGACUGCUGUGGCAUCAUAGCUCACAGCAAGUUCAAACUCCUGGGUUCAGGUGAUUCUUCUGCCUCAGCCUCCCAAGUAGCUGGGACUACAGGCAUCUACCAUGAUGCCCAGCUAAUUUUUCUAUUUUUAGUACAGACUAGGUCUCACUCUUGCUCAGGCUGGUCUCAAACUCCUAAACUCAAGCAAUCCUCCCCACCUCAGCCUCCCAGAAUGGUGUGAUUACAGGCAUGACCCACUGUGCCUGGCCAGUCCAUAAAAUCUUAACAAGUCUAGUGUCUUGAAGGACUAGGGUUGGGAAGGGAUGCUAUGUAUCUUUUUUUUUGUUUUAAACUUUUAAAACCUUCACUAAGAUACUGCAUUUUAAAGGGAAGAUUGACAAGUCCACUUUUACUGAUUGAUAUUCCAAAUUUAAGGCUGCUUUCUUCAGUGGUUUGGUUUGCAGUUAAUACUUGCUCCCUUCUCUUUCCCAAUACUUCCUACCACUGUACUCAGAACAUUGCUUUUUAAUUAUUUGUGUGUCAUUUUACCACCAGAGUGUAAGCUCCUGGAGGAUGGGGUAAAGCAUUACCCUUAUUUGUUCCCCAGGGUCCAGCACAGUAAUAAUCCUAUUCUACAAGAUUCCUACAUUUUAUAUCCUGUAUUUAUAUGGUUAAGCUUCACCUUUCCUUCUUUCUCACUAGUCCCUGCCCUAAGCUGGGCUAUUUGGUAAUUUGGUAGUCUAAGCAAGGCCAGAGUCCUCCCAGGCACAAUGUAAAUAGAGAAAAAAAAAAACAUGCAAUGAUUUGACAUUGCCAACCAUGUCUUCUUUUCUUUUUUGUAGAGACACUUUAUGGCCCUCAGUAGAGUGCCAUGGCAUCACACAGCUUACAGCAAACUCCAACUCCUAGGCUUAAGCGAUUCUCUUGCCUCAGCCUCCCGAAUAGCCGGGACUACAGGCGCCCGCCACAACGCCCGGCUAUUUUUUUGUUGUUGUUGCAGUUCGGCCGGGGCUGGGUUUCAACCCGCCACCCUCGGUAUAUGGGGCCGGUGCCUUACCGACUGAGCCACAGGCGCCGCCCAACCAUGUCUUCUUAAAUCUCAAGUUCAACAUCUCAGUUCUGCCCUUUGGCAGCUGUGUGGCUAUGAAAACUACACUACCUAUCUUAUGGGGCUUUUUGUAAGAUUGUAAUAGUACAUACAUCCAUCAUGUAUCCCACAGGGUGGCUCAGUAAGUGCUAAUUAUAAAAUAUUUAAAACAAAAAAACUAUUGGCUUUGGUGACACUUGGCUUUUGGUUUCCUUUUAUUUUCAGUUUCAUCUGUGGGUUUGUGGUUGUGCAACAUAAAUAGAUUAAAAUGCCUUCAGAGCUACCUCUCUUCUUUCUUUAAAAUAGAAAAAAGGAGAAAUUAACCAUUCCUUCCCACCAGUCCCUGCUCCACACGGGGCUGUUUGGUAGUCCAAGCAAGACUAGAGUCCUCCUGGGGACUUUUGUUAGUCCUCUUGGAAAAACAGCUCUUUCUUCCACUGGAGUUGCUAAGCAACUCCAAAGAUGGACCACUUUUGUCAUCACAGAGAGGGAAUCUGCCUGACAAUGAAGUCAACACAGAAGAAAAGAAAACCAAGAGCUGGAAAAGAGUUUUGAUGUCUUUAUUUGAUCCCUGGUUCUAGCUGUAUCUCAAGCCAGUUAACCAUCCAUGAUAACUGAAAUAAUAAAUUACCUUUUUAUUGCUUAGGCCAGUUUGAAAUGGGUCUGUGUGAUUGCAAAUAAAAUUCCUUAUUAACACAUAACUGGUUCCUUCCCUUUACUUCACUCAUUGACAUCAGUUUCUAUCUGCUUUUAGUGCAAAGAGGAACAUAGAUUUUAUUGGGUCAAGUUUGGGAAAGACCCGACAAGAUGCUUAUGACAAGAAUGUUUCCUCUGACCCCAAUGGGAAGCUAUCAUCAAUAGAGAACUUUGAUGGGCUCCUUAUAUAAUUUGGUAAAGACAAUCCAUCUGUUUCUUCCCCCAAUAGAAAGUUUACAUUUGUAGUCUGGCAAGGCUACACAUUUAU